AUGCCAGAUACUUUGAAGAUAAUGAGUGGCGACUCUGGCCUAGUCGUGACAUUAUUGGAUCGACUGACCGCUAGACUUCCUCAUAGAACCGGGUCUUCUUUACACGAAUUUAGUCGUGAAGAAGUAGUCAUUCUGACCCGUGCUACACUAGUUAGCAUAAGUGCCUCCUGCAUUGGCAUAGUUAUUAAUACACUCGUACAAGUUCUUGAGGAUCUGAGCAAAAAUUAUCACAAAAUUCAGUCGCAUCCAAUUCAUGUCGUCCACUCUGAACUCUAUGUAUUGGAGCUUCUAGCAGAAUGCUGUACGAUGCAUUGGGCAAGUAUGAACCCGCCAGAUUCAUGCGAUAGUGGAUCCAAAGAAAUAGAGACUCUCGAAUCUAAGGCUAGCUCUAAGCUCCCAGCAGCAUCUCUCCAGAACAUUAGAAAAAAAGCAUAUCGGGUGACACCAACUUCAAAACGACACCCGCCUUGUUCUCUAGGAGAUGAUCUUGUACGGAGACUACUCAAUAUUGUAAAAAUAUUUACCAGAUCAAAUCCCGAUGGGCUAACUUUACCUGCUGAAAAUAUACUUGACGAAAACCUGCAUGUUCAUGUAGAUAUGUACGGAACAGAAUGCAAAAUAUCCAGUUACGAUAAUCUAAACGAUAUGGAUGUUACCAAGCUUUUACAGGAAAGUGAAAGUGCAGUGCAAGCAUAUAUGCGAGAUAUAUUAGAAUAUGCAUCUUUUUUCAAUUGGCCCUGUGCUCUAGAAUACUUCAAGAAUGCGUUGCAACAAGCCGCUUACCACGCUUCUAGCGGCAUUCUUCCUGCUGGCUCAGCAGCCGAAGAAGAAAAAAAUAUUAUAGAUUCGAUGCGCCUAGCUUCCUCUUAUUGGGUUGACAGUCGGAAACUGAGCAUAAUGAUCCAAGAGACUUGUGGAAUUUUUUUACAUCUACCAAAAUCUUUUCAGAUAUCAUUGGCUAUUAUGCUACCUCUCUUGAUUUCCCGAUGGCUUGAAAAUAACCCAGAAGAGUUCGUUGAUCUUCACGAAAGACAUCAGAGACUCGAUGGAGGUGCAGAAACUCUAUUCGAUAUGACCAAUACAACGUUUGACGGCAACCGCCGGAAAAUUUAUUUGCAUCCUUUCCAAACAUCUUUAAUAUUCCUUCUUCCAGAGGUCUUUGAGGUUGCAAGUAACAUGCGAGAACUGAAAAGUGGUAGCAUUUCAAAGAAAGUCUCCUUUCUCGAAACUCUUAGGAAAUCCUUGAGAAACAAAAAUGAAAAUGCUAUAUACUGCCUUACCUGUAUAUUAAGGGUUGCCCGUCAUUUUCCUGUUAACAGUGAUGCCGCACUCCUUAGUUUUGCGUUGGACGUGCAAGAAGAGGUCCGGGAGGCCGUAUUUAAGCGAUACAUCAAUAUUGAUAAUACAUUAAUGACCGCAACAUUCAUUACCCUGGCACAUCUUAAUUUUGAGGACUGUCUUGAGAAUCUUGUUCCUCUCUGCUUAGUUGUAAAUGCGCCUCCAGAAUUCAAGGUCGUCGUUCUCUCAGCUUGCUGGCAUUUUUCAAAACUAUUAAACGCCGAGGAUUAUCAGCCCCUAUUUAUCAAAGCAUCUGGGUUCAUUAGGACACAAUUAAAGUAUUUUGUCACGAGGAAAGCAGAUGUGAGUCACGAAGAGCAAACUAAAGCAGGGAAAUCAACAGAUGGCAACGUCUCAAUGGAUAUUGUAUAUAAUAUCAUGAGGUUUUUGAAUACUUCCCCGCUCACUCUAUUUAUCGAUUCCCCGCCGAUGGGUCCUGAAUGGAGAUCACAUUUCGAAGAAAUCUUCAACCUUUUCACUCCUUUUCUUGUAUCAGAAGAUGAGCGUAUUCGAAACUUUGCUCAUGCGAUUUCUCUAAAGUUAAUGGGCGAUGGGACUCGAUCGAUUUGGAAGAGAAGUAAGGGUUUUGGAACUGAGAUGUUGCGAUGUAAUUUCUGGAAAUCUUCUCGUCGUCCUUGUAGCUUACUCCGUAGACAUGUUAAAACGAAGGCGAAAAAGACUAACAUAUUUGGCACAAGGUCUCUUGUUCUUAUCACAGAGUCUGAACAGCUCGAGAGUCGAUGCGACAAAAAGGCUGGCUUAGCAUUUAUACAUGGAUAUCUAGAGAUAAGACUAGCUUUAUUAAAAUCAGUAAAGGAAUUAUUACAAAUCACCGAAGAUGUUCCUGAGCGUGUGGCCGCAACAACAAAACUUGAGACCGUACUACUUGUAUGUCUUUGCUCUCCCGAUAUUUCGGUAUGUCAGCUAGGGACAAAGUGUUUAUCCCUCUUCUGUGAGGAGACUCGUCUUGUAGAUGAAGCUGCCUGGCAGUCAAAGCGCUUGCUGCCCAAACUUAACAACAUAGAUAUCUUCACGGAGAUUUCUACCAGGGAUUUCCGCUUCACGGGACUUGUGGCUUUCCAAAAACGGGUUCGUGGGCUCUUACGUCAAAUACAGCAACCAACAUCAGGAAUUCUGAGAGCUUGGGAAAUAGCUUUUGACUCCUGGCUAAAAAUUUCCAAACAAAUUUUCUCCGAAAUCCCAGAAAAUAUGGAAGAAAAUAUACUGGUGGAAUGGCGCAAUUAUUCCGGUUUCCUUGCUUCACUCGGCGGUGCAUGCAUUUCUGAUUUGGCUUCCACAUCUGAUGAUGUUAACUUAGCUGGUCUCAACUGGAUCGACAAGCCUUUACGAGAUACAAAUAACGCCGCUCUUUUGACGAGAUACAUGGAACAAAGCGUUCGCUUACUAUCGAGCAAUAACGUUAGAAUUCGAGAAACAACUAGGGAAUCUUUGUCGACUGAACUAGCUUCAUCAUUAUAUCUUCCACUUUUUCAUACUCUAGAAUCUGAACUUUGCGUUCUAUUUGAUAACUCUCGUGCGAACCAAAUUUUAACUGCCGAGUCUCGUGUUAUCUUCGCAGAGCAAGCUGCCGCAACUUUGAAAAGCAUCGUAGAUCGCAUGGGUGUUCCUUCUGAAAAUAAUGGAGCGUUAUCCAUAGACGUUGGUGUUCUAACCUUAAAUUUUGCAAAAUUUUUGGAUGACCUAUCACACGGAGCGGGUGUAUCUCGAGUAAAGAUCAAAAUAUGCCAAUUAUGUGAAACUAUCACCCAGAAAGAAGAGCUUCUAAAUCUUCGACAUGACGUUCGAAUUCGAAACCAGUUGCUGGAAGUUAUCUUCAAUUGGAUUACACGCCCUAGCUCACCAAAAGAGCCAUCAAUGGGCGGCAGCAUACGAGCCGAUGAUGCUCUUAGACUUCAGAGGGAUCUAAACAAGGCUUCUUUAAAAGCUCUUGCAGAUCUGACCUAUCGCUUACCUUUGCAGCCAGCUGAUGGUCAAACUGACGCCGAUAUAAGUGACUUAAAGUCCCAAAUGUUUCACACGUACUUCAAUAGAUUCCUUUCUUUACUAAGCUAUGACUUUACUGAAAAAGGAAAAAAUGACUUGAGGCUAGCUACUGUAAUUAGUGGAGACUCAACCGCAAUCCCAGAGCUCAUCAUAAGUGCUCUAUCAAACCUUCUGAGCGCUAACAUCGAUAUCGGAUUGAAGUAUUCUCUUGGAAUAGGAUAUCAUGAAAACCUUGGGAUUCGAACAGCUUUUGUUAAGGUUCUAUGCAAUCUUCUGAUUCAAGGUACUGAAUUCAAUAAUCUUUCUGACGCGUCCAUGAAUGAGAAAUAUGACGAAUUACUCAAGUUAUUACUUGGCGAUGUAGCCUCAACUAUAGCACUUUGCGAUGCAUGUCCAAGUACUGAAGUUGACGAGAUGACAAUCUCGAUUCUAAAUAUAUUUGACUCAAGGGGUCUAGGGUUUGAUCUUCUAGAAGCACUUAUCGAGCAUGAAGUUGAUGAGACAGAAAAUGAGGCGGAACUUCUAAGGCGGAACUGUGUCACCACGAAGAUGCUUUCAAUCUAUUCAAGGUGGAAGGGAGCCACUUAUCUAAAAGUAACCUUGCAGAAAGUUUUGAAGCGAUUAGUCUUAACAUCACAGGACCUUGAUUUUGAACUGGAUCCAGCUCGAACAACAUCUGUUGAAGAACUACAGAAGAAUGCAUUGCAGCUUCGUAUCGUCGCAAAAAUAUCAUCUGCAGUAAUGAAACGAUUUCCAGAAGCAAAGUUUACAGCUGUUGGUGCAUUUAUAUUUCUCCGAUUCUUUUGUCCAGCUAUAGUUGCCCCAGACUCCGAGGGUCUCAUUGAUUCUCCCCCUUCGAAAGAAAUGCGACGUGGACUCCUUCUCAUUGCAAAGGUGAUUCAAAAUCUAGCGAAUAACGUACUUUUUGGUGCCAAGGAAUCAUAUAUGUACCCUCUCAACGACUUUCUUACCCAGAACAUAUACAGGGUUACUACAUUUCUUCGUGAAAUUUCAGUUCCGUCGAAUGUCAAAGAGAUAUCACUCGAUUCUGAGCCCUUUGACUUCGGCGCAUGUGUCGCAUUGCAUAGGUUUCUUUACGAAAACUGGGACCAUGUCCGUCAGAAGAUAGUACUUCAGGAGAGAAAACGUACAACCUGCUCACCAGCUGAAAUAAAUAAAGAAAAAGUACCCAUUUUGCAAAUACUUCGCAAACUUAUCGCUAAUCUUGGGCCUCCGCCAAUGGAUGUUUCUUGGAACCGUCCUGGAAUUUCAUUAAAUACACCACCUUCAUAUUCACGCUUUCAACACUUCAUGCUUCAGAAUGCAGGUAGGAAUACUGAAUUUAUCGAGACAAAUCGUGCCAUAUACGAUGGGGGUGAGAGCAAAGAUGGGCUUCCAAUAAUUUGCAUCAUUCUUCGUAACAUCGACGCAGAGAAUAUUGAUUACGAUCUCUUACUGUUCGGGUACCUCAAAAUAGCUAGUAGGAUGUGGCAUCGUAAUUUCGGGAUUCUAGUCGACGCAACUUGCUACAAUGGUCAAAAUGAGCCUCAAGAUAAAUUGUUCCAAAAAUUAAACCUUCUAACACCAUCUGAGUUACUAAAACAACUUUCCAGAAUGUAUGUAUACAACAUGAAUAGUGUAUUCCGAAAAUGCUUUAGACGCAUCCUACGACUCUCCGCCAAAACCGAAAACUGCGCUUUUCACCCUAAAAAUAUAAAAUACCACUUGAUUAGCAACCUUCAAGAUCUUCAGGUUUACUUCCAUCUAAGUCAACUUCACUUGCCUAAAGAGACAAUUAGUGUUGUUACUGACACGAGAUACGUAUUUCAGCCCAUUACAAGACUUUCGAGAACCAGGGGAAAAAUUGAGGUCGUUAUAAAAGUAGGCAGUCAGUUUGUACAGGUAACUACUAUCAAUAAACAAGAUAUUGUUCCCGGGUUGCGCUUACAGGCCAAUCUCAACGAUAUUUUUCCUCUGUCAGAGAUUGACGAAGCAUCAACUUCAAUACAAACUGACGACGAUUCGGCAUUCGGACUACGCACAGAGAAUGGUAAAAUAGCGAUGUACUUUGUUAGUCCCAGGAAACAUGAAGUUCUACAGGCUAUUAAGGGAACAAAAGGAAAACAGGGGAAAGAACUGAGAAGAUCGAAGUCAUUCGAACGUCUUUUAAGGCCGCAAGAUGUACCCGGAACCCUCCUUAAUAUUGCCUUAAUGAAUAUGUCAAGCACCGAUGAAGUACUACGACUUGCUUCUUACAAUCUCCUCGGUGCACUAUGUCGGGCUUUUAAGUUUUCUCCAAGUUCAAACUUUGUAAGCGCAAAGGAUCUUUGUGUACCCAUAAAUCCCUCUCACUUUAUCGUUAGCAUUAGUCAGCGACUAGCUCAGUCAGAACCUCAACUCACGGCUGAUUUUCUCACUGAGUUUUUUGUCGGUUGGGGAAGUUUUCCAAACUCGCAAAGGCCUUUAAGCCUUGCUUACAUGGCACCAUGGCUUCAUGGAUUACGAAGUAGCCUAAUUCCCUGUGACUCUGAUGGUGACAAGACCAGAGACAAAGUCGCAUCAAUAUUUCGUAAGCUUAUCGAUAUUGCAAUGUCAGACCUAACAUUGAGCACUACUUUGGAACAAUGUGUGUGGCCAGCCCUGAGUCAAGAUGAAACCUAUGUCGAUAUCUUUUUAGAUGAGAUCGCAAAGAUAGCUUUAGGCUUCGGCUCUGAAGAUGGACGCACAGAGAUCCUUGCAUCAAUUAUAAGCUCUUUUGAUACUAUCACAGUACGUGGUAAACUACUUUCACGACUUCGAAAAGCUCUAGGUCGUUCCUCUUUAAGACCAACCAGGAACCUACCGGAUAAUUCUGUUUGGCCGGAAAUAUGUGUUCUUCUUCGUUUCUGUCUUUCAACUUCAUUUGAUAGCGGCGUUCAGUCCCAGCUUUACUUACCGGAACUAUUUCACAUAAUUACAAUGCUUGCAAACACCGGGUCUGCAGACUUCAGGUCCACAGUGCACCGUUUAUUAAUCAACACAAUACAUGCUAUGUGUAGUGCAUUUGAAUUGGAAGAGAGUAAGCUCGUGCGUCUUCGCGCUUUGCUUCUUUCACUGUCUGAGCCACAAAGCAGUUCUCUUUUUAAUAUAUCGCCCCGAGAUAGUGUCUCUGUCGCAGCUAGCCAGGAAUUUGGGAUUUCAACCCUGCUUGCCACUGAGUCCCUGGCAGUAUUGCUAGCAGAAGUUAGCACUAUCGCUGCGCCUUCCAUUGACAUGUCUAAUGCAUGGCGAUCAAGAUGGAUGAGCUUAGUUGCAAGUACAGCCUUUCAAAAUAAUCCAUCUAUUCAGCCUCGCGCAUUUACUGUCAUUGGCUGCCUUGCUCGGGAAAAUGUGGACGAUGAUUUCCUUUACCAAGUCUUGGUCGCUCUGAGGAGCAGUAUUUUUCGAUUUGUGGAAGACAAUGAAUGCGAAAUGCUCAUUGCAAUUGUUACUGCCCUAACCAAAAUGAUUGAUAAGCUUCCUUCCGGUUCCAGAUACGGCCUACAAUUUUUCUGGCUUGCCCUUUCCCUAGUUAGGCUUGUUCCACUUGCGUUGUUUAACUACAUUGCUCCGUUUUUAGACGCGGCACUGAAUAAUAUCUCUUCAACAGGUAAGCUUAAAGGAGGUCGUAUGGUAACUACUUUGUUACAAGGAAGAAUGCUUCUUGGAGAUACUGCGCUCCAACUUGAUAAUUUGUACGGAAUCCAUUUUAACCUGGAAAACUUCCACUUUGCCGUGUGCGCGUCUCUAGUCAAAGGUCUGUCUGACUCAGUAACAAGAGCAGCAGCUAUACGUGUUCUGCAGACUUUCUUGGAGGUUACUACCUCAAGUAUGGUAGAUGAGACGAAGGCAUUGAAAGACCAAGCCUGUAUGCCUUAUCUAGGGCUGCUGAUAUCCCGCGCUAUGACAUCAGACGAGAUGAAAGAGAGUUUAUGGCUUGCUGGCUUUUCCAUGCCUGGAGAAGAUUAUAAUCAGGUUGAAAUAACUGAUUUUAUAGAUUUUGAUGCCAUGAAAGAUAAAGAACUUCUACUUAACGCAUCUAUCGGCAUAGUAGACUUCAACUACCUGGAAAACGUUGUCCGUAAUCGCUGUCUAAUUUGGCUGAAGAAGAUUGCGAUGAAGAGACCAGCGGUGAUCCUCUAUUUAUGUGGUCGUGUCACAAGAAUCCUCGAUGAUAUAUUAAUUUCAUGUCAAAAUGCAGCAACCCUCGAAUCAGCUCACCAGCUACUACGAUGUCUUACAUCAAAUGCCAAGUUCAAUAGCGUCGACACUACUGAAAUGCUGCAAGAAGUACUUGAUGGAAUCGGAUUCGGCGGAUUAUGGCGGUCAUCCACCUUCCACAUAGCAAACGAGAAUGGGCGGCAGUGCACAGCAUUGACGGAUAGGCUCAUAGAGGUAUGUCUACAGACUAUGCACUUCUCUCCGAUUAUUGAAAUGUACUGA